AAAAAUAGAGGAGGAUUGGCAACAGAUUUAGCUCAGGGCUAAUUGUCCUCAGCAAAAGAAAAGAAAAAAAUUGAGAAUUUUGUGCAAGUGGCUGGAACUUGUAGGUUGGUGGGCCUUUUAGUGGAUGAUUGAGUGGAGACCUGGCAGUAUCCUUGUGGGACACUAAAUAUCAGUGUCUACAGGUUGUUGGGCCUAUCAUUUGCUCAAGAGAAGAGCUGUCCAUUCUCCCAUCUGUGGGAGCUGUGCUAGCUUUCUGUUGACUCUUUUGGAUUGAUUUAGAUAUAAUUUGGACCAGAAUAAAGCCUUAAGAGUUGACAUUUUCACAAAGUAUAUAUUGUACUGGGUAGAAAUAGUGAUCAUGUGUGUCAGUUGAUAAACAUCCCCAGUUAUCCAGUGUUAUACUAAUUUCAAGAGCAGAUAAAUUCAAGCAUUUAAAACAUUACUAUUUAAUUCUAUAGUAUUAAAGAUCUGAAAGUACCGUUUAGUCAGAAUAAAGUCCCAUCCCUAGACGUCAUCAUAUGAAACACACUAAAAAUAUUUUUAACUUGGUAAUUAGCACCAGCUUACUAUAUGUCAUGUUACUUUUUCAUACUUUGAAUUCUCAUGUUCUCUGAAAUACUGUUUAUUGUGGAAUAUUCUUGUCUUUGCUUCGUUUUCUUUGUGGUUUAUAGAUAUGGUGUUAAAAUAGCAUUUAUGGUAUUUAUGUAGAAAUGUAUUAUUCUUGAUAUCCAGUUUUAUUUAAUGUGAUGCAGCUCUUAAUACCUACUUACUAGAGAAAUUAGAAAAAUGUACUUCUUAAUAGCUACUCAAAUUGUUGUUUAUGUGAAUAAAUUUCAUCUUUCAUUUCACUCAGUAAUGCCUAAUAAUGUGAGAGCAAAGGUCCGACACAGUCUUUAGCGGUGAACUGGCUCUGCUUAGUUUUAAGUAGUGCACUCGUGAAAGGCACCAAACAAUAGCAUCCCUGCGGGAAUCUAGUAGCUGGCUGUCUCCCCAUCCCAGAGAAGAUGGAAAGUGCUGAGGGGCUUUAGAAUCCGAGCAAUUUUCUGCCAACUGUGACCCUCCACAAAGCGGGUAGGAAAGAAGAAGGAAAGUAGAAUCGUGUCUGUGUUUGGGUACGUGAUUUUCCUUCUAACUUGCAGCAUGUGAGAAAAUGACCUGCUGCCUUCAAUGGCAUGCAGGAAACCAGAGUUAAAUGCCAGCUAUCCAGAUUAACACCAAGGAGGAGUCUGUUUAUAGCCUAUCUUUUAUCUUUGUUAUAACAUAUCUGGUAUGCCUUUCACACCCUAUGAACAGAGUCUAACUGCAGUGACCUCUGUCUGGCUUCUCUUUAUUUUCUUAUUGUAUGUGCCUACUUAUUAGUCAAACACAUGUCUCCAUUGAUUACAUAGGACAAUAGCUCCACUUAUUUGCAGUCACACAUACGUCAGUUGAUUCAAAAAUUCUCUGCAGUUGUUACUGAUGAAAUAUCCUUUGUUAAAGUGGUCUCAAAAUUAGACACACAUAACUUAAAUAAUUGGCUCACUUAAAAUUGAGGAACAAAAUUGUUUUAUUUCCAUGGUUAUCCCCUUCAUCAGUUUUGUUCUACGUACUUAUGUAGGACAACAAUUAGACUUUUUACAGAAUCUUGAAAGUUCUAAAAGCAUGAGAAUGACUUUUUUAAAUGUAUGGCACUAAAACCUUGAACCCUGGAACCUGAGACGGAGCCAUCUCUUUUCAUCAGCCCAGCAUACUGCUUCAACUGAGUUGUACAUGUAUCGCAGCUAUCACACCUGCUUCCAAUCUCACUCCCCAACCCAAACUAAUUCUCACUCAGCUCCGUUUUCUUGCGCAUUUAUAAUUCUAACCACCUUAUUUGACCAAGUCUAUGUGUUCCAAUUCCAUUUAUACAAAGUUACAUGGUAUAGAGAAGAUAAAGGAUAAAGAAAACCUUACCACGAGGAUGAAGCAGUUGUAGUAAUUGUCUUUCCUGUGUGAUGGCCCAUGAAGUCUUAGAGUCACUGGAGAAACGUCUGCUGCUUUUAUAAUAUGAAGCAUAUCAUUUUCAUUAUGAAUAAAGGAAAAGUAAAAAGGUAAAAAUGGUACUUGCAAAAAAUCCAGAGAUCCUUUGGUAGAAGUAAAACUUUUAAAAAUUAAAUACUCUAUAAUCAAUACUUUUUUUAAAAAAAGAACCUUUUCUUAUGAAUGAGCUGUAUCACAGAGUAAUAUUGAGUCAAUUACGUGAAUUUGAGUGAGAAGAAAGCUAUUCCACAAAGAAUGAUAAAGCUUCUCAGUAGUCCUAUUAUAUUUGGUUAAAGGACUGGAUCAUUAGUCACAUUUCCACAGUGCUUGUAUUUUACAAUGUGGAUGGUUUAAGGUACAAAACCCUAUUAUGUAUGUUUUUAAGGCUGUGUUUUAAAUUCUUAAUUUACCUUGGUUGCCAGACAUGCAAAUUUUAUACAAAGAAAAAAGUUGUGAAUGGUUUAAAUUGAAAUCAGUUUUGAGUUUUCCAUGUUAAAUAUUCAGUUCUAUAUGUAGAUUUGUAAAUUAGAGGUCUACCAAUUAAAUGCUGUUACUUGUUUGCUGUAAGAAAUAGACAACUACAGCAAACUAGCACAACUUAGUCACCUUUUCUAAAUUCUUUAAAAGAUUCUAAAUUACUGUAUUCUUACUUUACAAAAAUGUUCUGCUUUAGGUGACUAGGAAAAAUGGAACACUAAACCUUGAACUGAACUGCAUAAGAUAUCACGUCUCCUAGUGAGAAAGAAACAGUCAAAGCAAUUGAAUCUGAGCCAAGGGCCUUGUUCUGUCUUGGAAAGUUGUACAUAGCAUAUUGUAUCAAAGCUUGUUUCUUUUACAAACUUUUGGAGCUCUUCUGUGAUGUUAAUGCUGCCAAAUUAUUCACCUUUCAGGUCAGAAACCUAGCGUUCUAUAGGGAACUCACUUGGUCCUAUCUCGGACCAUAUUUCUGUUUUAUUAAUUUAUAAUUAAGUAGGACUUUUUUUUUAGCUAGGAAGUUAUCAUUUUCCUUCUGAAUCUAAAAAUUUAAGGAUAACGUUCAUUCUUUUAUUUUAAUCCAGAAGAUUAGUUAAUAGUUAUUUUUGUUUGCUUUUGCUUUUUUUUAAAAUAAAGCCUGUCUUUUAUGCUUUUGAAAAUCUUUGGCUAUUAUUUCCUUCCACAAGCUGGCUAGGUUGAGGCUGGCCAUAAGCUUUUUUGUGGGAUGGGUUUUAAACAUGCACAGUAGUUUUUUGCUUAUAUCAGAGAGAAUUUUAGGUUUUGUUUCUUUUCUCUUUAACUAAAAUAAAGUAAUUGAACUUUCAUCUCUAAGAAAAUAGGAAAAAACAUUUUAGUUAAAAAUUACCCACGUUGGUUGUUUUGUUUUGUUUUUUAACAUUGGAAGACAGGAUUGGAUUAUUUAUGAAAGGAUUUAACUUGAUAGAUCAUAAGGAUUAAUAUACUUAUUGCUGGUUUUCAGUGUACAUACUUGAAGCAGCUUCUUGGUGUUGUUUCUAAGUUUCUUUGUGGUGAGAAUGCAAAGUAUAAUGUAUUUUGAGUAUUUUGGUUGCUUUUUCUUUUGGAAAAAUAGAUGUGGGAGAUUUAACCAUUUGAAUAAAAAAAAUUAGGUUUUUUUUAUUAGCAGUCGCAAAAACAAUAUAAUCUUUCACAGAAUAGGAAAACUUUCAGUUUACGUGAAAAUCACUUAGUUGAGUGGAAAUCUGAUCUAUUUAUAAAAGAUCAUAAAUUUUGUGAAAAAUUUUUGAGAAACUUCUGUGUUUAUUCCUUAGGAUGCCAUCCAUUAGGUUUGUGUAUUGACAACAGAAUAUUUCUUAAAAUAUAAUCUCUUUCUAUUUCUUUCCUUCUCAAAAAAAAUUGAUAAAAUAUCUUUGAAUAAUUUCAAGAUGUUAGGGUAUAGAAGACAUUUUCUUAAUAUGAGAAUUGUGUCUUUAAGGCAAUAUAAGUACACAAACGAAGUUGAAACAUAGUAGUGCAUUGAUAAGUAUAUGUUAUUUAAGUUGUUAUCUUAGAUCUGAGAGAAAUUUAUCAUUUUAGAACUAGAAAGUAAGCCUGUUGACUAUCUGAAAGCUCUGCUCUCCAGCUUGAAGAUAAAUAUAUUUAAAAUACUUCCUACUGAGUACAUCUUCCCACCUGUCCUUGAUUUUUCUUUCCUAUUGUAAUUUUUGCAUUUGCAUCUAUAAAUUACGGCCUAAUUCCAAUUGUGAAAAAAUGUUGAUAUUAAAUUAGAACUUUUAAAACGUCCACCAUGUGGCAGAGAAAAAUUUAUCCCACCCCUUACAUUCUCUUUAUUUCAAGGGUUGGGAUUUUGUACUAUAAAGCAAAAUAAAUUAACACUUAAAGUAGGUGGUACAUUCAGCUAAGACUGAGGGGUUAAAGAGAAAAAAAAAAUUGAAAGAAAAUGACUAUUUGCAUCAGUUUUGCAAAUGCAGUUUUGAAUAUUGACUAAUAUUCUUUAUGAAUGUCUUAAGUUAUAGAAUGAUCUAUAAAAAUAAUAAUAGAUAAAAGUAGGGAAAGAGUUUACUCACAGUGAAGGUACUUGACCAUUAUUUCCAUUAAGUCAUAAGUAAAUAAAUGCCAUAUUUUUGCCCAGUGUCUUUUGUUAUAUGUAUCUGUAAAUAUAGAAGCCUAAUUUUGGUAUUAUCAUGUUAUUUACAUUCUCAUGUUGUAUUUAUCUACAAAAGGGCAAAAAUAAGUAUAUUCCAUUUACUUGGAAAUUGUGGACAAUUUGUGCAGAAAGAACAGAUAGGAAGUAACUUAGAAAAAUUUUGUUUUGAAACCCAUUCCUACAAUAUUUCAGGUGUAGUUUAUUACUUAUUUUUCUAUAUGAAUAGCAUUGUUAGUAAACAUAUUCAUGGGAUUAGAACAUAAAAGGGUUUUUCUUAUUUCAAAAACAAUUUGUUAUAUAGGUAAUACAGAAAUUUGAUAAGUAACUCGAAAAGAAAUUUUGUUUCUAUUUUAGCUAGAACAGAAAGUCUUUUGUGAGAUCUCAAAGUUACCACAGUUGUCAGUGAGGAAUUCUAAAUGGAGUACCUCAAUGUAGUUAUUUAUCCUGUCUCUCAAAAAGAAAAAAAGCCAGAUUUAUAUCCUGACACGUCUAAUGCUAACAAAAUCUGUCUUCUUUUUAGUAGGUUUUUGUUUAUUCUGCUACCAUGUACUAUGGUUUGGACUUACUUAUAUAUUAAUUGAACAAAAUACACAUUGCUCUAAAGUUUGAUAGAACAAGAAGUUGAGUUUUGAGUUUGAAACAAAUGAAGAUUCUACAAAACAGUCUCCCAGAGUAGACUUCAGUAGGCCUAGCAGAUCUGUACGUAGCUUCUCUUGGCUGGGAAGGGACUGUUAGUUAGGCACUGAGGUUAUUGCUGGAAAAUACUCAGACUUUUUCUCUUGGUUAGAGUUUAACUCUUAGAAAAGCUACCUGUUUACUUCUCUAUAAAAUAGGCUAAAUAUUUGUUCUGUUCUGUUCCAGGUAUACAUAUAUCAGGUCUUUGCCAGUGGAGAACUAGAUUGUAUUGAAAUCGUAAGGUUUUAUGAUGAUAGUGUUUCACAAGCAUGGGAAACAUUUCUAACAGUUGGGUUAAUAUUAAUUGUCAUUUUGCUGUAUUUUAAUUUAUAGGACAUGGAAGUAAUCUCAGUGCAUGAGAUUGAAAAGCAAAGUUCUGUUUUCAUUAACUACACACUAUUUUAAAGUAGAAGAUGGUGGUGAGAGAUCAGUCUGUGUUACUUUUGGAUUUUUUUUCUUCGUGAAAGCAAUGGCAGUCUUGAUUGUAACAGAAAACUACUUGGAAUUUGGACUUGAAACAGGGUUUACAAAUUUUUCGGACAGUGCAAUGCAGUUUCUUGAAAAGCAAGGUUUAGAAUCUCAGGGUCCUGUUUCAAAACUUACUUUCAAAUUUUUCCUGGCUCUUUUCUGUUCGCUCAUUGGGGCUUUUUUGACAUUUCCUGGAUUACGGCUGGCUCAAAUGCAUCUGGAUGCCCUGAAUUUGGCAACAGAAAAAAUUACACAAACGUUACUGCACAUCAACUUUUUGGCACCUUUAUUUAUGGUUCUACUGUGGGUGAAACCAAUCACCAAAGACUACAUUAUGAACCCACCGUUGGGUAAAGAAAGUGUCCCUUUAAUGACAGAAGCUACAUUCGAUACUCUGCGACUCUGGUUAAUAAUAGUGCUGUGUGCUUUGCGGUUGGCCAUGAUGCGUAGUCACCUGCAAGCUUACUUAAAUUUAGCCCAGAAAUGUGUGGAUCAGAUGAAGAAAGAAGCAGGGCGAAUAAGUACGGUUGAGCUACAGAAAAUGGUGGCUCGAGUCUUUUAUUACCUGUGUGUCAUUGCACUGCAGUAUGUGGCACCUCUGGUAAUGCUGCUUCACACAACUCUGCUUUUGAAAACACUAGGUAAUCAUUCAUGGGGCAUUUAUCCAGAACCUGUCUCUACCUUGCCAGUGGAUCAUAGUCUGCCCUCCCAUUCUGUUCACUCUGAAUUACCGUCUGCUGAUGGGAAGAUGAAGGUGACCGUUACGCAAAUAACAGUGGCCCUGAGCAGCUUAAAAAACAUUUUCACUCCUCUGCUUUUUCGAGGACUUCUGUCUUUCUUAACCUGGUGGAUUGCCGCUUGCCUCUUUUCUACAAGCCUUUUUGGGCUUUUCUAUCACCAGUAUUUGACUGUGGCAUGA